CUUCAAGUUCAUGUUUUGUUAUCUUAAUCUGUAAUCCUUCACCAUAACCCACAGCGACUGCAAGCUGAUUCUUCUUCUAGGCUUAAAAAAUAUUACAUAUAUAGAUAUUGGUAUAGAUUGAACGAUAGCUGUUAAUAAUAUUUUAAAUUUAAUACUUGAUAAAAAAGUGAGUUUCUCUAUUAUACUUCUGCAUGUUGGAUGCAUACAAAUUAAGAUCUGCGAGGGGAACAAUUAUCUGCAAAUGAAACUGAUGCAAUAUAACCAUUCAGAUUUCCGUUACUCGUUUUUUGUCACCUUCCAUAUAAAAUACGACGAGUUACAAAGAGAGAUAUUUGUGUCACAUUAUUCAAAACGGCCAAAGACAGAAAAAGAAGUUGAAACAACUUUUGUUUAAGCAACUUGUUCUCUGUUUGAAUCUCAGGCGAAAUGGCAUGACUGUUGGCCGCACGUCUUUGCGCAAGACCUUGGCACCAAUGCCGUGGUCAAUCAACCAUUUUGUUGGAAGGUGGGGGUGUUGGGGAUGAAAAAAGGUACUUCAAGGUUCGUAAUUAUUGCGAAGCGAAAGUGGAGUAAACGCUAUUGACAGCAGUUUGGGUUUCGGUAAGCGCUCGUGCAAAUUCACUUUCUGAGGCUUCUUCCGUUACCUGCUGAGAACGGCUGGAAUAAAGAUUCCGGAAAUGGAUAGUGCUAUAUGUUCUCGCAAAAGAGAGAUGAAAGACAGAAUUGGAGACUUAUUACUAAAGGAAAAGAUGAGCGACGUUGUAUUCUUUGUCGAUGAUCCUCCUCAGAGUUUUCCGUGCCACAAGGUUAUUCUUGGUGCAGCAAGCGAAGUAUUCGAAGCCAUGUUUUACGGGAAGUUGCCAGAGAGAUCUGAAAUUUACGUACCGGAUGUGACAUCAGCCGGUUUCGUCAUCAUGCUGCGGUACUUGUACACUGAUAUGAUUACCAUCGAAAACGAAUCCGAUGCUUUCGAAGCUGCUUAUGCAUCGAAAAAGUACAUGAUUAAAAAUCUCUUCAGAGCUUGUGAAAAUUAUUUGCUGAAAAAUGCGAUUCUGAAUUCCCAGACUGUGUUCUCGCUGUACGAAGAAGCCUCCUUCCUCGACAUGGUUAAACUUCAAAAUCUCUGUUUAAGAUAUAUAUCUAGAAAUGCUAAAAAAGUAUUUCGUUCCAAAUCUUUCAUGGGCGCUUCAAAGGACACGUUGAAAGACAUUUUAAUGCUGGAUUUGAUGGACAUCGACUCUGAGUGUGAAAUUGUUGAAGCGCUUUGGUUAUGGGGUGAAGAACAAUGUAAAGAAAGUGGAAUAAAGUGUUCGGAAGAAAAUAUCCGAAACUUUACGAGAAGUUUCUUGAAACACGUGAGAUUUCUAACAAUGAAAUUCGAAGAUCUGAAUAAAAUACUUGGAAAAUUUCAACUCUUAGAUUCUUCAGAACAGUUAGCACUUAUGUGGACAGUUGCAAUGCCCAAACAAGAAGAAAUUCCCAAUAUGCCUUUAGAAAUUUGCAAUAUAGCAAGGGCUAGGUCCAUAACAAAUUGCUCAAGGAUUAGUAUUCCUGUUGAAUACAAAUAUGAUGGUAAUAUGUCCUCAUUCUCAGUUGCAGAACACACACAGAAAGUAAAGGUUACAGUGAGUGGAGCUUCUUUAACCGUUGUGGGAGCGGUACUUGCUUUUAAACCUAUACCAUGUUAUUCUGCUCAACACAGAUCUCUGAACUUUGACUUUAUUGUUAGCAACGAAACCGCACGUACUCGAUCAAGUGCCACAAUAUGCUUGAAAGCUGAAAAAUCGAAAGAGGAUCAAAUUAUUCAAGAGCUUGUUCUUGAUGAUUACGUAUUGAUUUCUGAAGGAGAUAUCGGGGAAAUAACUGUUGCAGUUACCGGCGAAGGUGUGAGGCUAAUGCAGUGCGUUGAUGAUAUAUUCUCUUGCGAUGUUGGGGAUUCACAAGCGACUCUCACGUUUGAAGUAGAAGCCAAUAAAAAGAUGUUGUUCCCAGUGAAAGAAAUUAUGUGCAUUUAGAAUAGUUAUACAUGUUAAGAAUAAUUCGAUGAACGAAUGACAGCAAAGAGUGUUUCCCAUCAGGAUGUUUUUGAAAUGCUUAACGCUGAUUUGCAAGCCAUGGUAGAGACACAAAGAUGGUCGCCGGUCUGCAGUACGAGGCUUCAUCAUGCUUCACAUAUGAAUCUAAAAUUGGAGAUUCGAAUAAGGUCUUUUCGGAACGAAAAUGUUCAGAAAGAGAAUACAUUUACAAGGUUUUUGCAGGAAUCGGAAAUUUUUUUUGAUUAAGACAGCAAGUUUUAACUGCUGAAAGAAAAGAACUGACAAUUGAGCUUCGACUAAAGUCACAAAAACAAAAUAAUGUAAUUCUAUAAAUUAAUUCAUGCAUUUUCCUUGCAAAUUUAUUCUUACUAGUUACAAAAGUACAACUAGACGAGCUGAUGAAAUAGUUCGAACUAAGAUUAGGCUACAGUAUAAUUCGUUAGUUAACGUAUUUGAAAGCGUCCGCGAGUAAAACUUAACGAAAAGUUUGAAAGCAUUUUAAAAACACCAAAGCAGAUGCUGAGUAACUUGAAGAUAUUUAGUAUAAUUAACGGUCUGUCAGCUUUAAGUUGGUUGUAUUCUAAAGCUUUUAACUUAACAAAUUGAUUAUUUAAAAGUAUUAACAAAUGCCAGCUUCAAGGAAGAUAAUCCAAAGUCUAUCAGAAAACAAAUCUAAGUUAGUUUUAAUGAAAGGUCUUUUGACGGACAGGUGUUUUAUUUAUUUAUUUCGUAAUGAAAUUAACCAUUUACAUCAGAAGCAAAUAAUACCAAGCUUCAAGUUUUGCAGUGAAAUUGGAAUUCUUUUGCUGAAAACAAAUGCUUUUAAAAGAAUGGAACACAUGAUCUCCAGGAAGUGUGAUCGAAGAUUGAAAUAAUUCACAAUUACGAAUUAUAAUUAUAUUUUAAGCUUCAAAUACUCUUAUGUAUUUCUUGUUUGACUUUAAAAAAUAAAUCAAAACUGUUUCAGUCUUGAGAA